AUGCUGGCAUCCGGGUUCAGCAAUGCACCGCUAUCCAAGUACUUGGUCAUGGCAGUAGUGGUCGGGUCGCUCCUAGCCAGCAUCACCGACACCAAGCACCUCUUCUGGAUCUUGAUCAAGCCGCACAUUUCCGACUACAGACAGCUAUGGCGAUGCUUGACCUGGCCGCUGGUCUAUACCAAUUCGACAGAGGUGCUGUUCUCAGCCAUGACCUUGUACCAAUUACGCGUCAUUGAGCGUCUCUGGGGUUCGCGCAAGUUCGCCUCGUUCCUUCUGUCGACAUUGCCCUAUACCGUCUUGCUCCCACCGCUGCUCCUUGUCCUCGUCGUCCGACCACUCUCAUUCUACAACAUCAACUACCUACCCGCCGGCCCCACAGCCAUCGUCUUCGCCCUCCUCGCACAAUACCACGCCGCCAUUCCUUACAUGUACAAAUACCAGCUCUCGGCCAGCGACUCGCACCAAACAAGGUCAGCCAUCAACUUGACCUCGAAAACGACGUCAUACGUCCUGCCUCUCCAACUGGCACUUGCCCAGCUCCCUGGCUCUGCUAUCGUAGCAGGGGUGGGCUGGUUGGUUGGCUACGCGUACAGGAGGGAGAUCUUGCCCGGUGCUGCUUCAUGGAGAAUCCCGGACACAAGUGCCGGUAAGAGGGAAAGAGAGCGAUUUGAAGGCUUGAGGAGACGCUUGGAAGGAGAGGCUGCUACGGCUAGUGGUUCAAGACCUGAAGAGGUUGAGGGUGGUAGAAGGAGGACAAUCGGUGGCCAACUUCUUGAUCAGUUUAGAGGUUCAUGA